AUGCUUUCGACGCAGCACUUUCGACCCACCGACGCGUACGGCAUGGCCAACACGAUCGGCAGUGAUGCUUCGAGCGAUAGCGGCUUCGACCUGCACGACUUGAUCGAUCUGGGCGCUUCGACGGAUGACGACGUAGUGGCUUGGCAGCUUCCCGUUCUGGCCAUCCCGGCCGUGCCGCCGGUUCGGCGUGCUCGCGAUCAGGUCGCAAUGAUGAAUAUGGCCAAUGAGGGGGAGUCGGAGUACGACCUGGAGGAAGAGAAAGAAGAAGGCGGCGCGGAUGGAGGUGAUAGAGAGCAAACGGUGCGCCAGGCUCCUCACGUGGUUGUUGACAACGAAGACGAGGAAGAUGGGGCGGAGCUCGAGGUUGAGCGUGUAGACAAGCCAGUGAAGCCGGUGAUGAUCGUUGCAGCAACUGCUCAGAAUUCUCAGCAAGGCAGAACGAGUGGAUUGAAGAAGCAGAAGUACGACAAGCUCGGCCAGACUGGCCAGAAGCAGAUGGCGCGAUGCACCUCUCGUGGUCGCGGUCGUGGUGCACUGGGAGGUUCCGCUGGCGCUGCUCGAGGUGGCAGCGGCGUCACCACCCGUCCACCCACCAACAGCAACAGCAACGACACGGUUCAACCGCUCAAGGCUACCACACCGCUCGAAUUCGACACUGCCACCACCUCCUCGACGCCAAGCACACCCCGCGGACAGCCCAAACAAGGCCGAGUCCCCCGCGCUCCCACCACUGUCACAAUCGUCCUCGACACGCCUUCGCCUUCCUCCUCUCCGCCCACCACACCCAGCUCCUCCGGCCAUGGUGGAAGAGACUGUGCGCCAUUCACCACGCGAACCGACACCGCGGAUGCGGACAUGCUCGAAAUCACGACUCCGCCUACGUCGCCUUCUCCCGCUACACCCGCGACUCCGCCCAAGACCCCCAGCAAGCAGAGGAAGCGCAAGACAGCUGACACGGUGUGUGCUUCUUCUUUGACUAUGGUCUCGAAGGGAGGCGGGAGCGGUAGCGGCGGAAUGUCGGGUAUGGUGGUGGUCGGAGGUUCGCCGGUGGUGAAGAAGAAGCGCUUGAACAGACGCAAGCUCGCUCCGGUAGCGGCGCUUGCCGAUGUCGACACUCGCACCGCGCCGACGGCCUCGAACGGGUCGCUCGCUGAAAGCAACACUGUCAGCGCCUCUGCAACCUCUUCGCUGACUGCUACUCCGAGCAAGGCCGCGCGAAAGCCCAAAGCGACCAAAUCGAAGCACUGGACACGACAGGAGAUUAUGUUUCUGUUCCACGAGGCGUUCCACCGGAACCGCACGAUGGACUGGCACAAGGUCGCGCGUGCCGUCGGACGAGAAGCCGCAGACUGCGAGGCAAAGAUGCCCGUACUGAUCACCGAGCUCGAGGCGUUCCUGAGUGAGUGCUGA